GUUGCAGAUGAAGGCAUAACUAGAGUAGCUGUGAAAACUUUGAAACCGGAUGCUGAUCGCUACGAUUACAAGGACUUAAUGACUGAGCUGACAAUUAUGAAACAGGCGGGGAGCCAUCCGAACAUUGUUAGUCUGUUGGGAGCAUGCUCUAAGGAGGGACCGCUGUACUUAGUGAUGGAGUUCGUUUCCGGUGGGAACCUUUUGGCCUAUCUCAGAAGCAACAGAUGUGAAAACCCACAUUAUAUUAACAUGUCGUCUUCUCUGAAUGAACGACAACUUUUAAAAAUCGCUGAAGAUGUGGCAAGUGGGAUGAAUUAUCUUAGUAGUUUGAACUUGCUUCACCGAGACUUGGCUGCUAGAAAUGUUUUGCUAACGGAAGAAAAAGUAGCCAAAGUCACAGAUUUCGGACUUGCACGUGAUGUACAUACUGAGGGAAUUUACACCAAGACCACUACAUCCGGUCGAUUACCCGUGAAGUGGAUGGCUCCCGAGUCCAUACGGUUCUACAGUUAUACCUCUAAGUCUGACGUCUGGUCGUUUGGAAUACUGUUAUGGGAAAUUAUUACGAUAGGAGAAUGCCCC